UGCGGUUUCGUCAUAUCAUGGUCCCUACAUCAAUAUCGAUCAUGGAAUCACCCGGAACUCCCAGUCUCCCACAUCGUGCCUUCGUUUCUUGAACAUAGCGUCAAUGGAUACGAUUAUCUUUAGAUAAGAACAUACCUAAGAGCUGGAAGCAAUGGAGGAUCUGGACGAAGACCGCAGGUUGUUUGCUGUCAUAAAGUCCACCCUUCUCCGCCCCAUCGCCCCUUUCAUCUCCAAACCCGCCCGAAAAGCCUACCUCACCACCCUCAUCUUCAUCCUAACCUCCCUCCUCCUCCUCUCCGUCGCCGUCCUCGCCUACAUCCUCUUCUACCUCUCCUACAUCCCCUCCCGCGGCUUCACCCAACCGAUCUAUCUCCAAUUCCACACACGCCAUGCCCACCCCGCUCCAUACGCUCCUCACGCUCCCCACGCCCACCUUACCCUCGCCCACCCCCUCGCCACGAACCAGCCGUAUGACUUCUCCGUGCUGCUGCACAUGCCGCGCACGCCAUCCAACGCCGCCGCCGGGAACUUCAUGGUGGAUCUGCGCCUCUCCACGAGGGGAUCCACGACCACGACCACUGCCCCCGCGCCUGAUCCCCCCUCCGAUACCCCUCCACUUGUCCACGCCCGCCGCCCAGCCAUCCUCACCUACCGCUCCGCCGCCUUCGAACUGCUCCACAAGGCCCUCCGCCUGCCCUUCCUCGUCACCGGUAUGCGCCACGAGUCCGAGAAAAUCACCGUCCCGAUGGCGUCGGGAGUGAAAUUCGCGAAAGGGGUUCUGAACGUCCCCCGUGCGGCGCGGGUGGCGGUGGAGAGCGACGGGGGGGCGGAGCUGCAGAUAUACGAGGUGAGGUUGAAGGUGGAGGCAAGGUAUGAGGGGCUAAGGUGGGUGAUGUAUCGGUGGCGGGUAGGGAGCUUUGUGGUGGGGACGGGGUUGUUCUGGGGGGUGGAGAUGGGGAUGUUUUUGGUGGUGUGGGUUGGGUUGAUGAGUUACUUUGCGGGAGAGGGGGACGGCGGGGAAAUGAAGGGUAGAGGGUUGGGGAGGAACGGAAAGAAGGAGACGGGAUUGGAGGUUAAGGUGGAAGAAGACGACGAGAGUGGGUUGUCUGAUACGGAAAGGCAUUUCCCCACAUUCUCAAGACUAGGACCAUCACAGUCUACUAGCGUGAAGAUUAAGAAGGAAGAAGGCGAGGAGGAACUGCUACCGCAGUUGGAAAUGCCAGCGGGCGCGGAGGCCGACGAUGAGGAAGAUGAAGGUCAUACGGUGCUGUCGCCAGCGGAGCGGUUCGGUGGAAAGUCAGACUCCGGGUUAGGGACGAGCUUGGAGAGCGAGAGGGCGGGGGAGAACGUUCGAAGACGGUCGAGGUUGGGGGAAUUCGUACGUGAUAGGUGAGGGUUGGAUUGCUAUGGAUUACUUUUUGAUACCCAGGUUAAUGUGAUUAUGCCUUUUUACGAUCAAACCAGAGUAUUGUCAUAUGGCGAAUGUAUACCAGCGGCCAUCCUUCAGGAGGCUGCGGGACUUCUGGGGUCGGAUGAUGCCUGGAGAUAUGCGCCCGCCCCCAGUUGUCUCUCGUCAUCGAUGGCCACCAAGACACCAGCGUGCGAAAGGUGAAAUCUGAUUGUCUAUCCGACAUAAGAUGUCCCGGUGGGUCUGGCAGCGACACACAUUGAUUCUACCGAAGCGAUCCAGAUCGUCGCUAGAAAAUUCCCCCCUGUUCUCAACCUGCCCCUCCGGUCGCCAUGCAGUUUGCUCGUGUGACAUGACAGCACCGAGUACAAUCAGUUUUCUCUCUUUC